UUGAUUAUAAUAGAGUGCUUUUUGGAUUACAGCCACCGUGCGAGGACUUGCGCUUCAAACCGGAAAAAAGUCUGUUGUUUGAUCCAAAGACGGGCCUGAAGCUGGUGGUUCAGCAGAUCCAAUCAUUAGAAGAAUUCUGUCACUGAAACAGUCUGCUGUUUUUAUAUCUAUCUCAAGUCAUGUCUUCUUCGAGCGGGAAGGUUCAGACAGUCCUGGGCUUAAUGAAUCCAGACCAACUGGGUCGCACUAUGACCCACGAGCACUUGACCAUGAGCUUUGAGUGUUGCUUUGUACCCCCAACUUCGGGACACGAGGACAAAUCCACCGCACCCAUCCAGCUGCAAAACGUGCACUGGCUCCAGCAGAACCCAUACAGCCACCGGGAGAACCUCCUGCUGUGCCAGGAGCUUGAGGCAGUCCGAGAAGAACUGUUAAGCUUCAAGAACGCUGGAGGAGGCACCAUUGUGGAGAACACGACGACAGGUAUAACUAGAAAUCUGCCCGCUUUACGCCAGCUGGCCAAGGACACCGGGGUCAACAUCGUGGCUGGAGCUGGCUACUAUGUGGAUGUCACUCAUUCUGAUGAGACCAGGAAGAUGACAGUGGAGAAGCUGACUGAUGUUAUAAUUAGCGAGGUGUCACAUGGAGCUGAUGGAACAGAUAUCCGGUGUGGCGUGAUUGGAGAGAUUGGCACCGGCUGGCCAAUCACAGAGAGCGAAAAGAAAGUACUGCGUGCCACCGCACAUGCUCAGAGACAGCUGGGAUGUCCGGUUAUCAUCCAUCCGGGCCGAAACAGCGCCGCCCCUGAUGAGAUCAUACGAAUCCUUCAGGAGGCUGGAGGAGACAUCUCUAAAACUGUGAUGUCUCAUCUGGACAGGACCAUAUUUGACCACGGCGAGUUGCUGGAGUUUGCAAAAUUAGGAAGCUACCUGGAGUACGAUCUCUUCGGCACGGAAAUGUUGGACUACCCUUUUAAUAUGGACAUUGACAUGCCGAGUGACAGCCAGAGGGUUGAAACCCUGGCGUUUCUAAUUAAAAACGGCUAUGAGGACAGGAUCGUCAUCUCCCAUGACAUUCACACCAAGAACCGACUGACCAAAUACGGAGGCCACGGUUACUCCCACAUCCUGAACAACAUUGUUCCCAAAAUGCUUUCCAGAGGCAUCAGCCAGAAGCAGGUGGACAAGAUACUGAUAGACAACCCCAAGCAGUGGCUAACCUUUAAAUAGAUCUGAUAUUUCAGUCUGAUGAUGGGAUUAUACUCAACCAAAGAGUCAUGUGAUCAUGGUCAUGUUGAGCUGUGUGACUAGAAAUAACUGCUUGGAAUGUUUGCAAUAAUAUAUAUUUUUUGCAAUGAA